UUCUAUAUUCACACUUACCUGAUCUCCAUCAAACCCAACAGCAAUAAUUAUGGCUACUUCUUUCCCCUCACAAUGUUCUCUUGUGAAGAUUAUGUUGAUAAGCAUUGUUGCAUUUGUUUCAGUACUAAUUCCAACUUCUGAAGCUGCUGUGAAGAAGUAUCAGUUUGACGUGGUGGUGAAGAAUGUUAGCAGGCUGUGCCAUGCCAAACCAAUUGUGACGGUGAACGGGAUGUAUCCUGGGCCAACGGUGUAUGCAAGAGAAGGUGAUAGAGUUAUCAUCACUGUCACCAACCAUGCUCAGUAUAACAUGUCCAUCCAUUGGCAUGGAUUGAAGCAAGUGAGGAAUGGAUGGGCAGAUGGACCGGCUUACAUCACCCAAUGUCCGAUUCAGAGUGGCAACAGCUACACAUAUGACUUCAACAUCACAGGACAAAGAGGCACAUUGUGGUGGCAUGCUCACAUCUUAUGGCUCAGAGCCACUGUUCAUGGAGCCAUUGUGAUCAUGCCUCAAGUUGGAGUCCCAUAUCCAUUCCCACAGCCUCACUCAGAAGCAGAGCUAAUGUUGGGUGAAUGGUGGAAUGCUGAUGUUGAGACUAUUGAGAAUCAAGGCAACAUUCUUGGUUUGCCUCCAAACAUGUCUGACGCUCACACCAUCAAUGGCAAACCUGGCCCUCUCUUUCCAUGCUCAGAUAAACACACUUAUGCACUGGAGGUGGAAUGGGGAAAAACAUACCUCCUCCGAAUCAUCAACGCUGCACUCAAUGACGAGCUCUUCUUCGCCAUCGCCGGCCACAGCAUGACUGUGGUGGAGAUCGACGCCGUCUACUGCAAACCAUUCACCACAGAAGCACUCCUCAUCACACCAGGCCAGACGACGAACGUUCUAGUCCAAGCAAAUCAAUCACCGGGACGUUAUUUCAUGGCCACACGACCAUUCAUGGACGCCCCUGUGCUGGUGGACAACAAAACGGCCACGGCCAUCCUCCAAUACAAGGGAGUGCCAACUACUGUCCUUCCUCUUCUCCCUAAACUCCCUGCACCCAAUGAUACCACCUUUGCUGACAGCUACCUUGAUAAGCUCCGCAGCCUCAACACAGCUCAGUUCCCGGCCAACGUGCCGCUCACCGUCGACAGCCACCUCUUCUACGUAAUCGGACUGGGUGCGAACCCUUGCGCGACUUGUUUGAAUGGCACCAGAUUCACUGCCUCACUUAACAACAUCACCUUCAUGAUGCCUAAGAUCGGUUUGCUUCAAGCUCACUAUUUCAAUACCAAGGGUGUUUUCCGGCUGGAUUUUCCUGACAAACCAGUGACACCGUUUAAUUACACCGGUGCACCGUUGACGGCGAACCUCGGGACUUCGAUGGGGACGAGGCUGAGCAAGGUGGCCUUUAACUCAACGGUGGAGUUGGUGCUGCAGGACACCAAUCUUCUGACGGUGGAGUCUCAUCCAUUUCACUUGCAUGGCUACAACUUCUUUGUUGUUGGGACUGGUAUUGGCAACUUCGACCCGGCUAAAGAUCCGGCCACAUAUAACUUGGUUGAUCCGCCGGAGAGGAACACUGUUGGUGUGCCUACCGGAGGUUGGACUGCUAUUAGAUUCAGAGCUGAUAAUCCAGGUGUUUGGUUCUUACACUGUCAUUUGGAACUGCACACAACUUGGGGAUUGAAAAUGGCAUUUGUGGUAGAGAAUGGAAAUGGACCAGAGCAAUCUGUGUUGCCUCCACCAAAGGAUCUUCCUCUUUGUUAGGACACUCUACAAAACAGAGUUCAAAGUAUGGCUUGCUGAUUUUUUUUUCAACAUGCAAAAGUUGCAGUAUGUUUGUGAAUAAUGACGACCCUUAAAGGAUCUUUAAUCCAGACUUUGGUUGUUGUCUUUAUAUGAUGAUUGAAAAGAAGUGUAUUGUAUCGUUACUUUUAUCUUUUGUUAGUGACGAAAUCAUUUGAAAGGUGGAUUGAUAUAGAAGGAAAAAUGUUUGUUUC